CGGAAGAACAUGCAGUGGGCGGGGCUUAGCUACUUACGGCUCAGCGGAUUGGUUGAGAAAGAGGGCGUUGACGCUCAUUGGCCAAUCGGGAUCGGGGUUCGCUUAUCGUCGGAAGUGUUCGGCACAGUUCGGUAGUGGAGGCGGAGCUGAACGCAUGAAUGGAGUGAUGCUGUUUUUCACCGAUAAUCCUGAUGAUGUGAUCCAGUCCUCUCCUCAGGGGUCGGGAGACAGUUUGACCUCUGAGUGACCUUUGACAUGACCCUUUAACUAUAUCUACGGAUCAAAAGUGACCAAAGGGUACAGUAGCCUCUUUUGCUGUUUCAGCCAAUUAGAGCUGAUCAGCUUCAGCAUGGACUUUCUGCAGAUGAAGCACCUGAAAAGAAAGAGAAAGAGCAACUACAGCGUAAAGGAAACUCAAACCCUGAUCCGAGAGAUCCACAAACGGCGUGACAUUCUGUUUUCACGGCAGCAGAACAUGGCCAUCAAUGAGUUAAAGAGGCGUGCGUGGGAGGAGGUGGCGGACAGCGUCAACGCGCUGGGAGAGGGCGAGCUGCGGACCGCGGCUGAGGUCAAGCGGCGCUACCUGGACUGGCGGGCGCUCAUGAAACGAAAACAGCUUCAGGCCGAGCUGGCGUCGGGAUUGAAGGCAGAGUUUGAACCUUCAUCUCCGGAGAAUGAGGCAUCUCUGGGGGGCUGUGACCAGUCGCUGGACCUCAGUGGGUUUUCCAAGGACUCAGGCUGCGAUUGGCAAGAUCUGACGGACCUGGGAGAGCCGAGCACAAAUGUGACGGGUGUCAAGAUGGAGGACGAUGAGGCCAGCAGCUACAGACUGGACGCCGGGGAUGGCGCUGAAGGUGAAGAGGACGAUGAAGACUGCUUUCCCUCCAUCCUCCCUGAUAUGGACCGAGAGGGGCGUGUCCAAGAGGUCUUCGCCCAUAUUGAUGAAUUUGGCGUGUUGAGCUCCACAAAGUCGACGUCAGGACCAGCGGCCGGUCGAGACCUGGGGCAUGGAGUUGGGGGCGUUAUGGGAAUGGGCCUAGCGGGAUUGGGCCUGACCGGUGGGGACAGCACUAGUCUGCUGGUGGCGCUGGAGAGGCAGAGACUGGACCUGGAGAAGCACCGCUUACAGGUGGAGUCCGAGCGGCUGCAGGUAGAGAAAGAGCGCCUCCUGGUGGAGAAGGAGAGGCUGAGGCAGGGGGAGCUGGAGAGAGAGAGGUUUCAGCUGGAGAAAGAGCGACUGCAGGUGGAGAGAGAGCGAUUAAGAGUGGUCCUGCAACAAAACACGCCCCUCCUGCAAAGCCCCGCCCCGUCCACAUCAGUCGCCACGCCUACCACAUCGUCCUCUGCACCUUCAUCAUCGUCGUUGGAUGGAGAGAAGGAGAGGAACCCAGCCUGGUCUAUGGCAGUGGAUUUGGAGGCAGAGAAGCUGAAGUUAGAGAAAGAACGCCUCCUGCUGGAGAAAGAGAGACUGCAGUUCUUCAAGUUUGAGUCGGGCAGACUGCAGAUCGAGAAAGAGCGUCUUCACGUGGAGAAAGAGAGGCUACAACUUCAUAAAGAUGGUCAACAGAUGGCCCUGCACACCUGAAACACAACAUACGUAGAUUUUUAUCCAAAGUGUUCUCUGGGAAUCAAACUCAUGAUCUUGGCGUCACUAGUGAACUACAAACAACCAUUGAUCACCUUACUUCUUGUUCAUGAAGAACUCUUCAAACUGAGAUUUACGUGACAGCUGGGUCAAGUAUUGUCUGGUAUGGUUAGUUGUGACAAAAUGUGGAUAAAUAUAAAAUAGAACAAAUAUUUUGCUUUACUUAUUACUAUAUGAGUAUCAGGACGUAUGUGUAUGGUUUCAUUUAUUGAAAUGAAAAUAUAUGGUAUAAGCGCUCCUGAAUAACUUUAUACAACUUUCUUUUUUUACGUACUGUCUUACCGUACAAUGUUUAGAUUACAGAGUAAAACAGGUCGGACUGUUAUAAGUAUGGACUUUUAUAAGUAUGUCACAAGCUUUGAAUGAGUGGUUUAGAUUUAUGAACAAAAAAUGAUUACCCUAAUAUAUAUUUAGAAGGUUGGGUUUUUCUUUGAACAAUUUGACUUGAUUAACUUAAAAAUGUAAGGCAGCUGAAAUUUAUAUUUUUUUUUACAGUGCAGCUAAAGUCAUUUUUUUGGUGAUUUGCUGUUUUUUUACGUAAAACCAUUCUACACAGUGUGAAGAACAUUCUGGGAUAAUAUUACAUUGAUAUAUUGAAUAUUGAAAUCAUAGUGAAAUCAAUGGUUAAAAUCAAACUUUGAUCAUCUCAAAAUGAGAUUCUGAGACUUAAGCUUGAUUUUCACAGACUGGCUGUCAAAUGUGUUUUCAUGUUAAGUGAAAUAAUGAUAUUGGGUAAUUUGUAUGUGUAUGGAGCAGGGUUUUGCUCAUUGACUGUGAAAGUGAAACUCAUAAACAUGAAUGUAAACAAAAACCAGUGUGUAAAGACUGUGAUGUGAAUGUAUUCUAUGUGUGUUCAGUCAGCUGUCUUUUGUCAUCUUAUCUUCUGAUAUUCUUCAUUUUCAGGCUAACAGGACUGAUGCUGUCUCUUGAUGUUUUUGACGACUGUGGAUGAGUGUCAGAUGUGUCUGUGUUGUUAUUGUCAGAUGAGUUUAAAUACAGGGAUUUACAUUCAGCUUCACAUGCAGAUAAUUCAUUGCAGAGCUUGUGCGAUUAGUUUGGUCUUCUCUCUGGAAAGAUGGAAAGCUGUUUGAUGGUAUUAUUGGUUUAUUUCUUUGGUGAGUUAUUUUUUGUUGCAUCUCACGCUCACCUUAUGUAAUGCUCAUUUUAAUCUCAUGCCCACAUCACGUGCUCACUCUUAUAUCAUUCUCAUCUCGUGCUUAGACGAAAAUCAUGACAGUAAAAUACAAAAGGUUUUAGUAAGUUUGUAUGUUUUGUGUGUUUUUUCCUGUUGUGACCAAGUGCAAAAAAUAAUA